CGGCGUCUCCGCCUCGGGGGGAAGAUGAGGCCUGCCUGGCCCGGCGCCUCGCCCCCGGCCUCAUGGCCGGGCCGGGGCCACUGAGGAGGAAGGUCCCGGCCACCGGACUGCGGGGCAGCGGGCACCAGGUGAGAGCAGGACUCCUGGGAGCGGAGGAGGUGGGGUGCAGGUCAACUCCAGCGACCUCCCCUCCUCUCCGUCUUCCCUGCAUCCCUGAACACACUCGCACAAAAUAUCGCAGAGAGGCUUCUCCUCUCCGGUCUCCACUGCGCCAGAGGUUUUUUUGGUAUGCUUUUGUUUUUUUCCUGGCAAACGGCAGGGGAACGAGACGGUCAGCAGCGCAUGGAGAGGCUGAGAGAAGCGUUAUUUGAGUUCUACGCAAACUGGGAGAGUACCUUUCAGCAACUGGGCUCACUGACUGGUUUUCCUUCAUUUUCAGUGAAAUCCCAUUCUCUGGCUGGAGACACAGAUGGCCUCAAAUGAGAGAGAUGCUAUAUCGUGGUACCAAAAGAAGAUUGGAGCAUAUGAUCAGCAGAUAUGGGAAAAGUCAAUCGAACAGACUCAGAUUAAGGGCUUCAAAAACAAACCAAAAAAGAUGGGUCACAUAAAGGCAGACUUGAUUGAUGUUGACUUAAUCAGAGGCUCAACAUUUGCCAAAGCCAAACCUGAAAUUCCGUGGACAUCUCUGACUCGGAAGGGGCUUGUUCGAGUUGUAUUUUUUCCAUUUUUCAGCAAUUGGUGGAUUCAGGUUACCUCUUUAAGAAUCUUUGUUUGGCUGCUACUGCUUUACCUCAUGCAAGUUAUAGCACUCGUGUUCUAUUUUAUGAUGCCUAUCAUGAAUGUAAGUGAAGUACUUGGACCCUUGUGCCUUAUGUUACUCAUGGGAACUGUCCACUGUCAAAUUGUGUCUACCCAGAUGACAAGGCCAUCGGGAAACAAUGGAAGUCGGAGAAGAAGAAAAUUACGAAAAACUGUAAAUGGUGAUGGGAGCCGAGAAAAUGGAAAUAACUCCUCUGAUAAAGCCAGAGGAACAGAAACUUUGGAAUCUGCACCCUUUAAUGGUGGUUUUUGGGGGACUCUCUUUGGCAACAGGAUGAAAAGAGUAAAAUUAAUAUGUAGCAAAGGGACAGAGACUGACAAUGACUCAGGUUGUCUGCAUCCUAUCAUCAAGAAGAGACAGUGUCGACCAGAGAUGAGAAUGUGGCAAACAAGAGAGAAAGCAAAAUUUUCAGAUGGAGAAAAGGGAUGCAGGGAGCCAUUUGGGCGUUUGGGCAAUGGGAUUUCAGAUGAUCUGUCAAGUGAGGAUGAUGGUGAAGCCCGGACACAGAUGAUGACACUGCGGAGGAGCGUGGAAGGGGCCUCAAGUGACAACGGCUGUGAAGUUAAGAAUAGGAAAUCAAUACUUUCAAGGCACCUAAACACUCAGGUAAAGAAGACCACUUCCAAGUGGUGUCCUGUUGUGCGGGAUUCAGAUAGUCUGGCUGAAUCAGAGUUUGAAUCGGCAGGCUUCAGUCAGGGCUGUAGAUCUGGCAUGAGUGGUGGCUCUCGAAGCCUCAACAUGUUGAGAAGAGACUCGGAGAGCACCCGUCAUGACUCGGAGACAGAGGAUAUGUUAUGGGAUGACCUGCUGCACGGCCCUGAGUGCCGGUCGUCUGUCACCAGCGACAGUGAGGGGGCCCACGUGAACUCCCUUCACUCAGGGACCAAACGUGACCCCAAAGAGGAUGUUUUUCAGCAGAACCAUUUAUUCUGGCUUCAGAACUCAAGUCCUGCCUCUGAUCGAGUUAGUGCAAUAAUCUGGGAAGGGAAUGAGUGCAAAAAGAUGGAUAUGUCUGUGUUGGAAAUAAGUGGUAUCAUCAUGAGCAGGGUUAAUGCGUAUCAGCAAGGAGUAGGUUAUCAGAUGCUGGGAAAUGUCGUCACCAUCGGAUUAGCAUUUUUCCCUUUUUUACAUCGACUGUUCCGAGAGAAGAGCCUUGACCAGCUAAAGUCCAUCUCAGCUGAGGAGAUCUUGACUCUCUUUUGUGGGGCACCACCUGUUGCACCUAUUAUUAUCCUGUCUAUAAUUAAUUUUUUUGAGCGACUGUGUCUUACUUGGAUGUUUUUUUUCAUGAUGUGUGUGGCGGAGAGAACAUACAAACAGAGAUUUUUAUUUGCAAAACUCUUCAGCCAUAUUACUUCUGCCAGGAAAGCUAGGAAAUAUGAAAUACCUCAUUUCAGACUUAAAAAGGUGGAGAACAUUAAGAUAUGGUUAUCACUGCGUUCCUUUCUAAAGAGACGGGGCCCGCAGCGAUCAGUGGAUGUGGUUGUGUCUUCUGUCUUCCUACUGACACUUUCCAUUGCUUUCAUUUGUUGUGCCCAGGUUCUCCGGGGACAUAAAACUUUCCUAAAUGAUGCUUAUAACUGGGAGUUUUUGAUCUGGGAAUCAGCUUUACUACUUUUCUUACUGCGCUUAGCCUCACUGGGGUCUGAAACCAAUAAGAAAUACAGCAAUGUCUCAAUAUUACUUACUGAACAGAUUAAUUUAUAUCUUAAAAUGGAAAAAAAGCCGAAUAAGAAAGAGCAGCUUACUCUAGUAAACAAUGUAUUAAAGCUAUCCACCAAGUUGCUGAAAGAGCUGGACACACCAUUUAGACUCUAUGGACUGACAAUGAACCCCUUGAUCUACAAUAUCACACGAGUAGUUAUCCUUUCUGCUGUCUCAGGUGUUAUAAGUGAUCUUCUCGGAUUUAAUAUAAGACUGUGGAAAAUUAAAUCAUAAGCUGAGUCAUGUGCCCGGACUUUCUCCCCUUGCUGGCAUCAGUGCUUAACCCAUUAAGGAAAGAGAUGACUGCAAACCCACGAGACACCCAGCUGCUUGUUCACACGGAGAGGUGCCCUCAGCUCUACCUAAUCUAACGAAUGGUGUUUUCAGAGGAACAGAGCCUUUUCCAUCUGGGUGUGCAUGCUAAAAACCUGUAUUUUCAUGGUUUUCAAAUAGUAUGAAUAGUCAGGAGACUGAAGACUGUUGUGUUAUAGUAACUUAAGGACAACUUUUUAAGUUAGGAAAUUUAUUCUGGGCAUUUCAGUGCUGUGACAGUUAUAUUUAUUGGAAAUAGUCUUUUGGGUAACUAUGGCAGAUGCCCAAAGCAUGAAGCAAAAUCCUUUAUUGGAAAUAUGCAAAUUCGGUACUUUUCUAUUACAGUCUAUAGAAUUGGAGAUUUCAUUUCUCUAGCAAAGAGAGAUCAAGUUUAAACUAUUUUAGGUUGAGCCUGAAUAAAAGAACUUUAUUGGAGAA